AUGAGCAGGGGAAGUUAUCCUUCUGCUCGGGACUUCGAGGCUUUGUGGGCCGAGGUGUCCAGUCUUCGAUCCGAGGUGCUGCGCUUGCAAGCCCGAGUUGCCGAGCUUGAGGACCUGAACCAGGGGUUUUCUUUGGUGGACAGCUCGGAGGCUGCUGGGGUGUCGGGCUCGAUUGGUCCUGCACGGGGUCCUUCGGCUUCGGCGGCUUUGCCUUCGACCGCUGCUUUGGCACCACCUUCGGAUCGGGACAGGGUCGGGAUUUGCAAGCGAGUGGGCGAAUUCUUGAGGCGAGCCCUGGACGGAGGGCACCGAGGUGUUUCCGGACGCGAUUCUUUGGAGCUGGCUUCGAGGCAUUGGGUGGUUAUCCGUGAUUUUCAGGGGCGGGUUCACUCGCCUCCCUUGGUCUUUUCGCGCUUCUCUGACUGCAAAGCAUUGGUGAAGCGAGGGCAAGACGUCGGAGAUUCGGUUUUCAUCGGCCUCCCGAGCAAGGGAGAUAUCAAGGAGGACGGGGUCGACGGCAGGACCCUGUACCUCUACGACGGGGAGACUGCCGACUGUGAGUUUGAAGUGGGCGUGCUCAGGGUCCUCGUUGCCGAGGGCUCCCCCGAGGUCUUGGUUGAGGUGAUCUUGAUUUGCGAGCUGGAGGGCCGUUCUCUUGUGGCUGUUCCGCAAGGGGGCUGGCACAGGCGGGCUACUAACCGUAGUUUGCCUCCUGGUUCCCUGAGCAAGCCGGUUGCUGUGGAGGUGGCCGGUGCUGCUCGGGACGACAGACAGACUUUGCUGGUAAAUCAACGUCUCAAGGUAUGGCUUGGUUUCCUUCGAGAUUCCCUGGUGGAGGCUUUGGUCUUCGAGCACGACGGCGAGGUGGACGUGGCCUUCGCCACGUUGGGCGGAGAGUCUGGGUUUGUGCCCCAUGCCGAGGCCCUGAUGGAAGUGGCGAAAGACAAGUUCCAGUUUGCCACGGCCACCGAGGGCGAAGCGCCACCUAUGCCUGCUGCCCAACCUCAAGCGGCGGAAGCUGCAAUGGAAGCUCGACUCGCAAAGCUGGAGCAAUCGAUUGCUACGAUCGCUUCGUCGAUGCAAGCUCUCACCUUGGAUCGUGUGGAGAAGGCAAAGCCUCCACCUCCGCCUCGGCCUCCCCAGGCGGUGGAAAGCCUCCCGGGCUUGGACCCCGGGGUUGUGAAAUCUGCUCUGACGGCGGGUAUCGACAUGUCCCAGCUGUUGGCCGGCAACCCUGCGCGGCGCCUGAAAGACCCAGGGGCUGGUGUGGUUCCGAAGAAGGCGGCCUUGGACGAGUCGGAGAACGAAGGCCCGCCCGACGACCCGGAGGAGGCGGUUAUCGAGGCCGAGCUGCGAACGGCUCUCUCCCGAGAUCCCAUGAGCGACGCCCUGGUGAAGCUCACCACCCUUGUGGAGGAUCUGCAGACUCAGAAGACAAAGCGAGGUUCUCGACUGGAGCAAGCCUUGGAAG